GCGGCGGGGUGCUGGCAGCUGCGGAGGCCGGGCGGUGCAGCCACGAGCCGCGCUCGGCGAGCCAGCCGGGACUCUGCGUGCCGGGAGCUCGCAGGGUGAUCCUUGCUGGCUGCGGAGCGGGCAUCGCUGCCCCGUCGGGCCGAUCGCACUCGAUCGGUCGGGCGCCGGGUGGCCGGUGCUGGGCGGGGGCAGGCCAGCGGACCGCCUCUGCCAGGCUGCGCCUUUGCUCGGGGAUGCUGUGGGAGUGGGGCGGAUUCGCUCCUUCCCGGGCCCCUCCCGCUGCCGCGGCGCCUCGGCCACGUCUGAAAGCGGCUCAUUGUCUGUCGGCAGCUCGGAGCUGCGGCGGUGGCGGCAGGCGGCGGGAAGCUACGGGCAAGCUGGUGCGGGCGGGGGUGCGGGUAUUCGACAGGACUGGAAGUCCCGGUCAGACCUUUUUUUCCGGUCUCAAACAACGGUGCUUUAAAGGGGAUGUUUUUGAGCCGAUCACAGACGCCUCUGCUCGCGGCGGUGUAGCGGUGAUAUCAGUUGCGGCGGAGCCGAUGUCGCACCGACAGAGGUAGAGGUGACAUGGUGGUCGGAAACCUUUGUCAUUAUUUCUUAGUUGCAACAGUUGCUUCAGUGGGACACGCAGUGCGCACCUCAGGCCAAUCGUCCUCGGACCGUUUGAAUUUGAGGACGCUAUUGUACCGGUGCGGACAGAGAUUCUCAACUUUUCUCGUUGACUUUCCUCAGUGAGAAUGGCAAGGAUUCGAAUUCCUAGCACAAUUGUUAUAAUUUUUGUGACAGUUCAGACUGGAUUCUUACUCUUCAUGUAUGCCCGGUAUAGCAGCUUUGUGCAUCAGUCCGAGGAGAAACCACGUCAGGUCCACGUACUUAUUCUGUCUUCUUGGCGGUCAGGAUCUUCUUUUGUUGGUCAACUUUUCAGCCAGCAUCCCAGCGUCUUCUACCUGAUGGAACCUGCGUGGCACGUGUGGGUUACAAUGUACCAGAACAGUGCCAAAGUCUUGCACAUGGCAGUGCGGGACUUAGUCAGGUCUGUCUUUUUGUGUGACAUGUCUGUGUUUGAUGCUUACAUGCCUUGGAAAAGAAACUUAUCUGAUCUUUUCCAGUGGGCAGCAAGUCGGGCUCUGUGUUCAUCUCCCGCUUGCGACUCUUUUCAACGUACUGACAUAACCAGUGAAAUGGCAUGCAAGACUCUUUGUGGACGGUAUCCGUUCAGCAAGGUGGAGGAAGCCUGUAAAACUUACAGCCAUGUUGUCAUCAAGGAAGUUCGAUUCUUUGACUUGAAGGUCCUGUACCCCCUUCUCACUGAUCCGUCCCUGAAUCUCAAAAUUAUUCACCUGGUCCGUGAUCCCAGGGCAGUCGUUAAGUCACGGGAACAAUCGGUCAAAGCGUUAACUCGUGACAAUGGAAUUGUCUUGAGUACCAAUGGCACUAAAGUGGAAGACAGCAAGUACAAAGUAAUGCAAGAGGUUUGUAGAAGUCAUGUUCAGAUUUAUGAAACAGCAACUUUAAAACCACCUAAUUUCCUGAAAGAUCGCUAUUUAAUGGUCCGUUUUGAAGAUCUGGUAAGAGAUCCAUUAUCAGAAAUCUCAGAAAUGUAUAAAUUUGCAGAUCUCAGUUUGACUCCCAGGCUCAAAAGCUGGAUCUAUAAUAUCACGCAUGGACAGGGAUCAGGAAAAAAAAAAGAAGCUUUCAAAAUAACAUCUCGAGAUGCAGUUAGUGUUUCACAGGCCUGGAGAAAUAUUCUUUCCUUUCAGAAGGUUAAGAAAAUACAGGAAGUUUGCAAAGGUGCUAUAAACAUGCUUGGUUAUCAGCUGGUGGAUUCAGAAAAAGAACAAAGAGAUCUGACAUUGGAUUUAGUGUUGCCGAGACGACAAAGCCAGUUCAGUUGGUUGUCAUUUAAUCCAAAGCUCUGAGAUAUUUUUUAGAGAUCUGGGGAGAUGGGGCAGGGUAGAUGUUUGAAUAUGUCUCUCCUAUGUAGCAUACGGUAGUUGAAACAUGCCUGGCCGAUGACUUUAACUAUCUUUUUGUCUACUCUUUUUCUGGAAUGUGAGAAGGUUUUUUUUUCCCUGAUUUUUUUUUUUUUUUUUUUAAAUUAAAAAAAGACAGCAACUGUGCUGCUCACAGCAUUAAGAAUACCAUUUAAGCACUUUCUAUUAAAAGAUGGGUUAUCGAAGAUGUCUUUGUUUAUUAAUAAUAGUUGACUUUUUUGUGGUUUAAUUAUUUAAGGAUAAUAAUUCUUUAUUUGUAUAUAUUGAACAAAAUAGAUAUUAAAUUCUUUCACUUCUUCUUUUGCUUUAAGGUUGAUGUGCAAUUUUGUAUUUUUUUUUCAGGCUUCUCUUGAUGUUUUAAAUUUUAGACUACAGGUUCUCCAAAAGGUGGGGCAACUGCAGCAGUUGCGUUGUAAAAGGCUUAAAUGGGAGCUCCGUUUAUUGAUAGGUUUCAUAGUGGUUUCCUUGGAAUGGUAACAUUUACAAUCAGAUACUUGAACGUGAUGUUCGCUGGGAGUGCAAAAAGCAAAAGAUAUGAAGAAACUUUCAGUGGAAUCACUGUAAAAAUAGCAUUUCAGUGUUGUCCCUGUUGUAUUUUGAUGCCUGAAAGACAGGCUAGAAAUAAAACCCCAUAGACCGGUGUCUGUAGAGCAGGUGUUUGUUUAUUGCAGUGCCGGAGGGGCAUCAUUUCCCCCCUUUAUUCUUUUGUGAAUCGUUUCACAACUCGUAAGGCGGUCCCGGCGCGCAUUCCCUGAAAAUACGUUCCCCUCUCCCACCUGUCUCAACCGGUAGCUCCUCCGAUCAUCGUAGGAAGUCGUUUGUUUGUACCACCACAAAAUACAUGGAGUGAGCACACAUGUACAGAGCAUGAUCAGUCCCAAAAACAAAUUUCCCAAAAAUAAUUGUUUUAGCCAUUUGAAACUUGGAAGCCAGGAUGUGUUUCCAAAAAGUGGUUUGUCCAAGAAGCGUCAUCUUUUGUCAUUUUGUGAAGCGCUUUUGCACGUUGCAGAUUGUGUGUAUGUCUGUGGGUAUUUGCCCCGAUUGAGCCACCUGGGUACAGUAAGUAAUAUUCACCAGUGUGCAAACUCCUCCUAGUUGUGCUGUAAUCAUAUCUAAUACCAUUUGAUUCUGGAAUACUACCUCUUUUAUGGAAUCUACCUGUGUCUGCAAUUGUCCAAAGGCAUCUGCUGUUUUAUUUGCAAGUAUUUCCAYGUCUGCUGAGAUGUUAACAAAAGCCUUUUCCAGGUGUGCAUUUAAUUUGUGAUCUGGUUGCUUAGGUUGAUUCUCAAACACAGUAUAGAGUUUCUCAUGCAGUUAUUUGUUGUGACUUUUCGAUACUCACUGAUACACUCAUGACCUACUUGAGCCAAGUUUUCAUCSUGAGUAGCAUUCAAUCCGUAAGGCCUACCUACCAUAACUGAUUUUAAGCGGCUUGAUCUUUUGAUCUAUUUUUCUCUCUCUGAGUUGUGCAAGGGCAAUAAGUAAGGCUUGUUACCAGUAAAAAUUGGUUUUCYGGCAAAUUUUUGCUAUUUGCUUCUUGAUCGUGAGAUUCAUUUUCUCUACUUGACCACUAGCUUGCCAUCUGCAGUGAAGUUGACACUGAAUUCGUUGCGCUUUACCGACUGCUUGCGUACCUUGUGUACAAAAAUGUGUUCCCCUAUCAGAGGAAAUUUCCCUGGGUACUCCAAACCUAGGGGUAAUUUCUAGGGGCAGAAGUUAUCUAGGGAUAAUUUCAUGGGGCAGUACUUUUACUACUUCUCUUUGUUUGUUUUGCAAGGGAAUGCCUCUGGCCACCCAGAAAAAGUGUCAGUAAGCACCCACAGGUAUCUGAAACCCCCCCUUUCUUGGGAGCUUGGAAAAACUUUUUUGCCAUGCAUUCCCCCAGGGAAAGGCUCCCCUGUCAAUCACUCAUUGUUCUGAUCUGACUGUUGUAUUGGGAUUGUGCCUCAAAUGAAUGUCAAAUUGCGAGGUUACUUCCUUAAUAACCGCUGACAGAUGUGGGCCUGCAAUUGGUGUUUUGAGAUGCUGAUAAAAGAAAGUGAGAAGCAAAGCAAAAGCUACUCAAUAGGUAUGCAGUACAGUAUUAUUCAAACUGGUUUAAUCUGAGAAGGACAUUAAAGGCUUGUUUACUACCAAGAAAAAGGAUAACCUAUGUUAAGGUUGCACCAGAGGAAGUGGAUUUCAAGAAUGAACAAACAUUCCUGAAUUACCUUUGGUUCUUAAAAUCAUCAUGUGUUUUAUCAGAGGAAAGCAUUGCUAUAAAUACUAUUUCUCUUUCAUCUGGAAUCCACAUACACUAAUAAUCUUCAUUGCAGCUUUGAAUCUGCCAGCCACUAUGAUUAAUGCCAAUCAACACUUAGAAACAAAAAGCGCUUAUUAAGUUUUCAAUCAAAACCAAAGCGGUACAAAUUGAAAGCAUGCUGGAAGCCUAGAUCAAAUUUUCAAAAAUCUUGUCUCUCCAGUGAGUACCCAGGGUCCGCAGCAGCUGGCUGAGCCGAUUUCAAGGUCUGGAGAGCCUUUCCCGGGCAAGGCUCCCAAGUGUACCCUGAAGGGGUUCCAGCUUUUGAUAAACCCAAAUUGGCAAUUGAUUACAUUUUUAGUGCAGAAACACGUGGGUCUGUUGGCACUUCCCAACCAGCCAGGGCCAGGGCUUGGCCAGAGCCUAGGCCUCAACUGGGAGGGAUUCCCUAAAAUAUCCUACAACCAGGCUUUUAUCAAAACUGCUUUUUCACAUAUUUCUACACAAGUUAUCAGCUCAUGUUCUUAAACCAUUGCCUACCAUUCUCCAUCACAAUUGUUUCAGUAGGCUUCAUCCUGUCUCUAUAACAAAAAAACUUAAUAUUUCUUUUUAAAUGAGUACAUUAGAGCAAAGUUUAAACUGAAUUUCACCUAAACUUAAUGUCAUUCGAAAGCAACAUCAUCGAAAUCUGACAACACCCAAUAGAAACUGUCUGACAGAGCUUAAACCCAUUAGAGUACAAACUGAACCUCCGCAAAACCCCUACAACAACUACACGCAAUAGAACUUAAGGUAUUUUAAAGAGCUUGACCUCAACAAAACUUAAUAUAAAUGGAGUUUAGCGACUAAUGAAAUCAGUAAUUUGUUCCAUAGCGGCUAUUUACUUUUAUGGUGCUCACAUGAAGCACCAAUCAUAGAACAUACAUUUUCAUUCAUUCACACUCACUCACCGCAUUCGAUAACACUUCAUUUGCUCCCAUUCGUAUCCAAACAACACCACCAYACUAAGCUACCUUUGUUUUCAGAUCACCUUUUCUCCACGGGUUUUAAAGCACUCCAUGUAGGCCUAGGUCCUUCCAGUAAAAUGAACAAGGAUAUCCUUCAGAGUCUUCUUCACAGAUCUCACAGUCUAGAGUAGGAUGUCUCCAGGGGCCACCUGGUUUGCCUGUAACUUUGAGGCUUAAUAAUGCUGCACGUUUUGCUUCUUGGUCCGCUAUGUUAUUUCUUCCGAUGGUUUUACUUAGGCCCUUUUGAUAUUCCUUAAUAURUACCACUGCUAAUUGUUCUGGUUUUCUGACUGCCUUUAAAUUGUCUUUGAUCAGCUGUUCGUGGAUUAGUCCCUUUCCUGAGAAGUUAUUAGACUCCUUUCUUACCAUAUUUCCCAGAUGUAUGUAUCACCCCAAAUGCAUAUUUGGAAUCCGUAUAAAUUGUCCGAAGAAUGGGAUCUUCUAGCUGUUAACAAAAGGAUCAGGACCUGAGGUAUCACUGCCCUUUGUGAGGAUAAUUGACAGGAAUAAAUAAAUUUUCAUUCAUUGGCUCUUAAGAAGCUUGGGCACGUUCUCUAAUUAGCAAAAGUGAGCAAACCCACCUUUUCCUACUACUGAGGACAUGUCACCUUUAUGACCAGACAUUUAUUCUCAAUCCAUAGUGCCUUAUGGAUACUGAUACCAAAGCCAAGUACAUUACUUAAUUGAUUUAAUAUUAAUGCAAAUAAUGUGUUUUACAGCAAUAAUCAUUACAUAUGAUACUGGGUUUAUCAAAUGUACAUAAUGA